GAAUCGUGCCAUUUGUAGUUGGUAUAUCAGCUUCGUGUGGUUUUUGCCUUGAAGUCUAAUAUUCUGAAGCAAGUUUUUCUGCUAAUCGAAACAGAAAUAUUGAAAAAGACUUGAAAUGGCCACCUUUUGGAACUAGAUUUUACGGUAUAUUUUCGUGCCAUUUGAUUAGAGACAUCAACGCUAAAUUUAGUUCUAUUAUAAAACGAUACAGUUUCAGUAUCUGAAAAUAAGAUAAACUACUAAUCAUGGCUGAAUCCCUUGAGCAAAUGCCAAAAUCUGAGACGAUUAAACUUCGCGAACGACACAUUGGACAAUCAUGCAAAUUGUUUUUCAAAUCCAGUCCAUUAAAAAUAGUUAAAGGUGUAGGACAGUAUAUGUUCGAUGAAAAAGGUACACGUUAUUUGGAUUGUAUGAACAAUGUUGCACAUGUUGGACACUGUCAACCAGAUGUCGUAAAAGCUGGUCAAGAACAAAUGGCGUUAUUAUCAACGAACAAUCGUUUCUUACACGAUAAUAUUGUAGUUUGUGCAAGACGAUUGACUGCAACAAUGCCGGAACCAUUAUCAGUAUGUUUCUUCGUUAAUUCUGGAAGCGAAGCCAACGAUCUUGCGCUUCGUCUGGCACAAGCGCACACUGGCAAUAAGGACAUUAUCACUCUCGAUCAUGCUUAUCAUGGUCAUCUAACGUCAAUGAUCGAUAUCUCUCCAUAUAAAUUUAAUCAAAUAAAAAAUGGAAAAAAGGAUUGGGUCCACGUGGCACCUUGUCCAGACGUAUAUCGCGGAAAAUAUUGUGCUGAUGAUUAUCCUAAUCAAGAUCUUGGUCUUAAAUAUGCAGAAGAUAUAAAACACAUUUGCGACGAUCUUAAAGUCAAAGGUCGAGGAGUUUGUACAUAUAUAGCAGAGAGUUUAUUGUCCGUUGGUGGACAAAUCCUUCCACCUAAAAAUUACUUUAAAAACGUAUUCAGGUAUGUUAGAGAAGCUGGUGGUGUAUGCAUCAUUGACGAGGUUCAAGUUGGUUUUGGUAGAGUUGGUAGUCACAUGUGGGCCUUUCAACUUUAUGGGGUGGUACCAGAUAUCGUAACAGUUGGAAAGCCAAUGGGUAAUGGACAUCCUGUAGCAGCAGUAAUCACGACGCUUGAAAUCGCAACUAGUUUUAAGAACACUGGAAUCGAAUAUUUUAAUACGUACGGCGGUAAUCCAGUAUCCUGUGCAAUAGCUAAUGCUGUUAUGGAAGUUAUCGAACGUGACAAUCUGCAAGAAAAUGCUUUGAUAGUUGGAAAACACUUAAUGACAGAAUUAAAAAAAUUAUCUAAACGUAGGAAGAUAAUUGGUGAUGUUCGUGGUGUAGGAUUGUUCAUUGGUAUCGAAUUGGUACGAAGUAGAAGGGAGAAGACUCCAGCUACCGCUGAAGCUAAACACAUUGUCUCGAGGAUGAAAGAACAAAAAAUUCUCGUUAGCAGUGAUGGUCCGGAUAGAAAUGUUCUCAAACUUAAACCACCUAUGGUAUUCACUAUAGAAAAUGCUAAUGAGUUUGUAUCUACUCUUGACGAGGUUCUACAAGAAAUUGACAUUGAUACGGAAGAGGAAUUGGAAGUUACACGGACAGUAAUUAAAGCAACGAUUUCAUCAAUGGAUCUUGACAACAAUCCUACCUGUACCAAAACAAAUCCUGUCUUCGUUCGUGCCAGUUAAUUAUUUAUUAUUAACAAAUUAAGAAAUUUAAAGUAUUAUAUUUUUAGGAUAAUUUUAUGUAAA